AUGUGAAUUUUCAGGAAAGGUCUGUAGAUUGUGGCUUCGCAAGGCUAUUGUAGUUUUCCAUAGAAGUCGUGUGGGUUUGAGUAUCUGGCUGGCAGUGGCUUCAUCAUCAUCAUCAUCGAAUAAUCCUCUCCGCCCUCCUCAGUGUUAUCUUGGCGACAGCGACAAUAUAGCUUGCUUGCCGAACGGCUUGGCAAGGGCCCCACGUAGACUCUACGUGGUGGCAGCUCCACAGCAGGUCACAGCAUCGGUAAUGUACUGAAAGUCACAACGAGCAAGUCGCUAGGAGUAGGAGUUAGCACUGCAAACUUCAUCGGUCGCGUGCUGCAGCUGGCUAUGUCUGCCAGCCAGCUAAAAGCUCAGGGGAACAAAUUGUUCUCUGCAGGCCAGUAUGGCCAGGCAGUGGAGUGCUAUAGCAAAGCUAUGCUGAAAGAUCCCGGUGACUCCAAGUUCUAUGGGAACCGUGCGCUGUGCUACAAUCGAAUGACCAAGUACAGCGAAUCCCUAACCGACUGCCAGAAGGCCAUUGAGCUAAACCAGCGCUAUGCAAAGGCAUUCUAUUUCCAGGGAGAGGCGCUUCUGGGCUUGGAGAAGUAUGAUGAGGCGAUAAGCUCUUUGACGAAAUCUCUUCAAUUAGCCACUGAACAGCACUUAUUCUUCGGCGAUGAAAUAUCAACGAAGAUCAAACUGGCCAAGAGUCUAAGGUGGCAGCGGAAAGAGCAGCAUCGCGAGAAAGAAGAGAUCGAGCUUCAGACUUUCCUCAACGGCCUGAUUGACGAGAAGAAGAAAAGUAUUCUGGAUGCCCCUCUCAGCCGGCCGGCGGACGAAUUCGAUGCAGAAAUGGACUGUCGGAAGAGGCAGGUUGCGGACCUGUUUGCAAUGGUGGAUGAGAGAAGAUCAAAGAGAGAGGUGCCUGACAACCUGUGCUGUCAGAUUAGCUAUGAGGUGAUGCGGGAUCCUGUCAUAACACCGUCUGGCGUGUCGUAUGACCGCAGUUCAAUACAAGAACAUCUUGAGCGUGUCGGCCAUUUCGACCCUCUAACGAGAGCACCGCUGACCCACAAUGAUCUCAUACCAAACCUGGCCUUGAAGGAGGUAAUUGAAGACUUCCUGGCGAAGAAUGAGUGGGCGGAUGAUUACUAACUGCACGCGGAUAGACCCCCUGCUUGCUGUCUACUGCCCGGUACACUGCUGUGACAUCAGGUAGAGCUGGUGGCCGCCUUGAGCCAGGUGUAGUUUGACCGUUGAAGUUCGUACCAUCGUGGGCGAACGCAUGUGUACAUUCAGUGUACAUUUAUAUAGCUUUGCACAUUCUGCCAUUCUGGACAGUUUUAUUCCGCUGAUUAAUUUCAAAAUCCUCAAGCACUGUUAACGAAAUGACUGCACAAGUACGAACAUACGGAUCUAGUGUUGCCUGUGCUUGUUGGACAUGUAGAUAUUAUUGGCCAUAACCUGGUGUCUAUGGUUAAGCCGUGCUGCUGCUGCCGCCUGUGUGUACAAGUAUUAUUUAUUUCCCUUACUCCAGUCGUGGGAUGACUGCUGUCUGCUGUGGCCACAUGGUGUGUGUGCUGUCCUGCUUCACGCGUGCACUGCUGUCUGCUGUUGUGUUCUUCUUCUUUUUUUAUGUUGUGACCUGGCAGACUGCAUCUGUAGUAUGUUGUAAUUGCCCGACCUUGAGACCUUGUUUGUGUUAUUGUCCUACCGGCCUUGUUUAACCAUCAUCACUCCAUCUUUUUUAACGCUCAAUAUCUUAUGUUGCUUUCUCUGUCACUCGAGUUGUGUUGGUUGGAUCUCCUCGGUUUCCACAAGCAA